GGUCACCAUCGGUGUGCUAGUGAAAAAGCAGCUCAUAUGAAAGUUCUGAGUAUAUGACAAUCCUAAUACUGAGGACUUUGUAUAUAUGUGAGAGGAGCUUUUUGGGGUACAAUGAAAGACCAUCAAGAAACUUCCACAAAGAAGAAGUUCCAAAACAUGACACAAGUUUUAUAUCCAGAAGACUCCAUCAUGAAAAGCGAAAUUCCAAAAAACAGCCAAGCAAAUUCUACUGGAUUAAUGUUGGAAGUAAACCAUGGAUCCAGUAUGAGCUAGGAAGUUCCGAUUCAUCUAAAAACGGAGAACACUGGAUCAAAACAGACGAGGACACGCAAUUACUUGAUAUAUUAUUUCAAAGACUUCGUGUUGGAGCCGUAGAAAAAAGGGAUCAGACGAAAAAAAACGCAAACCAAGAAGUGUGAGUGUAUUAUGUCACUUCACGCAUGUGUGACGACAAAAGUAGUACGUGUUUCAGAACCUAAAGGAACAUAUACAUGUAUACCACUACCAUUAAUAAAUUAAGACAUAUCACCACGAUGUCCUUUAGUUUGUCCAUGCAAUGAGCAACUUGAUUUAACACUGGAGGAUGUGCUGGAUAAACGUAGGAGUUUUGAGUUGUUGAUUAAAUGGGGAGGAACGUCCUCAGUGGAAAAUUCUUGGAUGUCUUAUCAAGAUUUCGUCUUGCAGUUUCCAGAUUACAAGCUUGAAGGCAAUCUUAAUUUUGUUUAGGGAAAGCAUUGAUAGAUUCAAGAAUGUGUACUAUCACCAAAAGAAGAAAGAAGGGAAGAAAGAAGAAACAGAGUCAAGAUGAUUUAAGUUAUCCUUUCAUGUGCAUGUCAUCAUGAAGAUUAAGGCCGUGUCUAGAGUAAUAGGUGGACUAGUUGAGUUGCACUAAGCUUGGAACAUAAUAGCAAGCACGUGAAAAACAAAAUGGGUAUGCAGAUUCUUUAACAACUUGUUGUUUCAAGGAAGAUGAUGAUCCAUCUCCUCCUCCAAAGAAGAAGUAAGCUAUUUCACGAGUGGGAGUAGCCAUAUGGUCGUCUUUAUCAAAAACCACGGCGACUUUCUUCUCCUGGUGAAUGAAGAAACACGCAGAUUGCUCAAACUGCCAAUAGCGGUUAAUGAGUUGUUCGAUAUUUGCCGAUAAGAAAACCUUGCUGUUCCAGGACAGGGCGUUGGGCUGCUCAAUCGUAUUGGAAAUCCAGAUCUCCAUCUCCAAUGUAUCCGAGGCCUGGAAUAAAACCACAAGCUGCGGAGUACAUUCUCCACCAACACUAGUAGAUGUUGAUGAUAGAAUAAAAGUAUCUUGACGAAAAGCCUCAAAGGGGAGAGGCAAAGGCGGGGAGAAUGUCUCUGUUGUGAAAUCAAAACAGACUAAGAAACUAGUGGCAUUAAAAUUCCUAGCUUCUGAUGCAAACCAGUAGGUAUUUCCCUUUAAAGAUACGCCGCGUUCACAAAAUUCUAUUCUCCAGUUAAUGUUCUCUCGAGGAAGGAGAUCAAGAAUUCUCCAUGAACCAGAGUUGAAGUCGUAGAUUUUGAACUCAACGAAUUUUGGGGGAUGAUCAAUAAAUCUCAGGAUUUUGUGGGAACUAGUGCUACUAUCGUAUCCGAGACCAUACGUAUACCUGUCCAACCGACCAGAGAGACGCGUGUCCAGUAAGUGGUGAUUAUGUGUGUGCUCGAUCCACCUGGGUUGCCGCCCCCAAUAGGGAUUCCAAACCAAAAGCCUAUAGUGGUCUUCUUUUGGAAUGCAUAAGAAUAAACCGUCGCAAUGAAAGAUUUCACGCACAUCGAUUUGAUCUAGCCCAAUAAGUUUAGCUUCAGGAUUUACAACAGCAACGUCUUCGUCUAGAUUCAAUCUCAUCAACUCAACCCUAUGAUUCAUCAUCACAACCACAAGAGGGUGGUCCUUGUUUGCUUCUUCUGCUGCUAGAUGAGCAAGGUGCUUCUUUGCAAAUAAGCGAUCACAUCUCGACAACAUCUUCCACCUUUUGCAAGUAGAUCGGACAACUCCCAGAGAUGUCAACGGAAUUCGACACAGCACCUCUUCCUCGGCAUCCCUUGGAAGAUCAGACAUGUUCUUCGUCUUCUUCAUAAAAUCUUUUUAUUUAACCCUAAAAAAACUUGUCACCGUAUAUUCCUUCCUUCUCGUUAGGUCAAUGGAAAAACAAAAAGCAACUUACUUCUUGUCCUCGUUCUCUCUUGAGAUGGAAGAAUCCAGAUUGAAUCAGGAGAAAGGGG